UACAACAUGUUUGUUAUAUACUAUUGCUAACUUAACUCUCAAGCUUAGUACUGAAUGAAGUUUAUUCUUUCUCUAAUGAGUAUCAUACUUUAUACCCUCUUUAUCUCUUCUCUUGUAGUUUCCAUAGCAGCCGACAAAUCAUCCAAUUCACAGUUUCAGUCCCUCAGUCAUGAAGAAACCAUAGUUUCCCCAAAUGGAGUCUUUGAACUUGGUUUUUUCCCUCUGGGAAAUUCCAACAAAAGCUACCUCGCAAUUCGGUACAAGAACUAUUCGGAUGAAACCUUUGUUUGGGUUGCAAACGGUUCCUACCCAAUCAAUGACUCCUCAGCCAAGUUGACACUACACAGUUCUGGCAGUUUUGUCCUUACACACAACAGCAAUCAGGUUUGGUCCACAAGUUCUCUAAAAGUGGCACAGAAUCCAUUGGCAGAGCUAUUAGACUCUGGCAACCUUGUGAUAAGAGAGAAAAGUGAAGCAAAUUCAGAAGACAAAGAAGAAUAUCUGUGGCAAAGUUUUGAUUACCCUUCUAACACAAUGUUGGCAGGGAUGAAGAUUGGUUGGGACCAUAAAAGGAAGCUAAAUAGGAGACUCAUAGCAUGGAAGAGUGAUGAUGAUCCAACACCAGGAGAGUUAUCAUGGGAAGUUGUGUUGCAUCCCUAUCCUGAGAUCUACAUGAUGAGGGGAAAAGAGAAGCACCACAGACUUGGACCAUGGAAUGGAUUGCGUUUCAGUGGCAUGCCAGAAAUGAAGCCUAAUCCUGUUUUCCAUUACAAAUUUGUCUCCAACGAGGAAGAGGUCACCUACAUGUGGACCUUGCAGACUAGCUUGAUCACAAAAGUGGUGCUCAACCAGACCUCACUAGAGCGUCCUCGCUUCGUGUGGUCCGAGGCCACUGCAUCGUGGAACUUCUACUCAACCAUGCCAGGGGAGUACUGUGACUAUUAUGGUGUUUGUGGGGGGAAUUCGUUUUGCAGCUCCACUGCAUCGCCAAUGUGUGAGUGCUUAAAAGGGUUCACGCCAAAGUCUCCAGAGAAAUGGAACUCAAUGGUUAGGACACAAGGAUGUGGCCUUAAAAGUCCAUUGACUUGUAAGUCUGAUGGAUUUGCUCAGGUUGAUGGUUUGAAAGUGCCAGAUACUACAAAUACGUCUGUGUAUGAGAGUAUUGAUCUUGAGAAAUGCAGAACCAAGUGCUUGAAAGAUUGUUCCUGCAUGGCAUAUACCAAUUCUAAUAUAAGUGGAGCAGGCAGUGGCUGUGUCAUGUGGUUUGGUGAUUUAUUAGACAUCAAAUUGUAUCCAGAUCCAGAAAGUGGGCAGCGUCUAUAUAUAAGGUUACCUCCUUCGGAAUUAGAUUCUAUCAGGCCCCAGGUGUCUAAAAUAAUGUAUGUAAUAUCCGUUGCUGCAACUAUAGGAGUUAUACUUGCUAUUUAUUUUCUCUACAGAAGGAAAAUUUAUGAGAAAUCAAUGACAGAAAAGAAUUAUGAAAGCUAUGUGAAUGAUCUGGAUCUCCCAUUGCUUGAUUUGUCAAUAAUCAUUGCAGCCACAAAUAAGUUCUCAGAGGGGAACAAGAUUGGAGAAGGUGGCUUUGGAUCCGUAUAUUGGGGAAAAUUACCCAGUGGGUUAGAAAUUGCUGUGAAGAGACUUUCAAAAAACUCGGAUCAAGGAAUGAGCGAGUUCGUAAAUGAAGUAAAACUGAUUGCAAAAGUUCAACACCGAAAUCUUGUAAAGCUUCUUGGCUGUUGCAUUAAAAAACAAGAGAUAAUGCUAGUUUAUGAAUACAUGGUUAACGGCAGCCUUGACUACUUCAUUUUUGAUAGUACCAAAGGGAAAUUGCUAGAUUGGCCAAAGCGUUUCCACAUAAUUUGUGGAAUUGCUCGCGGGCUUAUGUACCUUCAUCAAGAUUCUCGAUUGAGGAUUAUCCAUAGAGAUCUAAAAGCAAGUAAUGUUUUACUAGACGACACUUUGAAUCCCAAAAUUUCAGAUUUUGGAGUGGCUAAAACUUUUGGAGGAGAGAAUAUUGAAGGAAACACAACCAGAAUUGUUGGAACAUAUGGGUACAUGGCACCAGAAUAUGCUAUUGAUGGACAAUUUUCUAUAAAAUCUGAUGUCUUCAGCUUUGGUGUUUUGCUGUUGGAGAUUAUAUGUGGGAAGAGAAGUAGAUGUUCUAGUGGAAAUCAAAUCGUUCACCUUGUUGAUCAUGUGUGGACACUCUGGAAAAAGGAUAUGGCUUUACAAAUAGUUGACCCAAACAUGGAGGAUUCUUGUAUUGCAUCUGAAGUAUUACGUUGCAUCCAUAUUGGACUCUUGUGCGUGCAACAAUAUCCAGAGGAUAGGCCUACAAUGACCUCAGUGGUUCUAUUGUUGGGGAGUGAGGUGGAAUUGGAUGAAGCUAAAGAGCCAGGGGAUUUUCCGAAGAAGGAAUCUAUUGAAGCAAAUUCAAGCUCAUUUAGUUCAACCAAUGCAAUGUCCACAACCUUAUUAACUGCUCGCUGAUAAUCAAUGAGAUAGAUGGAUAUAUAUAUUGUUGUAAAUUAGAUAUAAUCUAUUUAUAACCUAUAAAAUUGAAGUGCAUAUUGUGAUGGUUUGAUGUAAAUUUUUUCUUUAUGUAUCUAUUAAUUUUUUAUUAUUAUCAUGGGAUAAAGGAUGAUUAGUUAUGUCAAUGACCAAUAAAGAAUUUCUAUUAAAAAAUUCUUCUAAUUGAUUAUUUUAUUACAAUUUCUCUUCUAAACAAUAUUUUUUCUAUACAUAAAACUUGAAUAUAUAAUAUAAAAUUAAAAUGCAAAACGAAAAGUUAUAUGUUAAUAUAAACAUUUUUUAUUAUUAUGUCACAUCAUCCAUUUUCAUACAUUCAUACCUUUAGUUGUUCUCAAUUUUUUCAUUCUCACUCUAACAUUACACUAGAAUAGAAUUUCGUUUUUUAUAAGUACUAUGUAUACAUUAAUUGUAUAUUGAAAUCACAUAACAAUUAUUUAAUUUUCUUCUCUUUUAUUACUUCUUUUGUGUUAAAACGACAUGAACUUAGCUUCUUUUGAGUUUUUAUCUAGAAGAUGCUAAAGUUAAUGAUUUUAUAGUAAUUUUGGUUGCAUUUUUUUUUUUGUAGAAAUAUAAUAGAGAUAUGAAAGUGGAUUGAAGUACUGAAUGGUCGUGCUCAACGUGAAAUCCUCGCUUAAUGCAUAAAGGAGGUUUUGAUUGGCCAUCGAAUGAGAAUAUAUUUGCAAAAAGUGAAGCAUUCAUUCACUACCUUCCUUCACGAUGAAGCAAAGGAGAAGUAGAGGAAAGCAAAAGAAGCUAAGCCAUAGCUGUUGUUGAAGGAAAUCCAUUUUCGGAGCUUCGGCCUAUCCGUUUCACUCGAUUCCUCUUUCAUUUCAUUUCACCUUUUACAUUUUUAAGCUUUUCAUAACAAUGAGAAACUCCCUGUUGUUGGGAGCUCUACAAACUAAGCUCUUUUGGUGAAAUGAUUCUAACUAUCUAUUUAAUAUUAUGUUGAUAUUAUUGUUCUUUU